AUGUCCGGCCGACCCGGAGGCGGCGGCGGUCGCAAAGUGCUCCUCCCCCCCAUAAACUUCAUCUUCAAACUCCUGCAACAACAAAGCACCGUGCAAAUCUGGCUGUACGAGCAACUCGGGAUCCGAAUCGAAGGCAAGAUCCGUGGGUUCGAUGAGUUCAUGAAUCUGGUGAUUGAUGAGGCGGUGGAGGUGAAGCAGGUGACAAAGAGUGAGCCGAAGCCCGAAGAGGGGGAGGGGGGUGGGCGGAGGGAGUUGGGCCAAAUACUGUUGAAGGGGGAUAAUGUGUGUUUGAUACAGAGCUUGAACUGA